UGAAAUAUCAAGAGAGAGGGAAGCAAGAAAAUCAGUUGAGUAUUUGUUUAUUUAAUAGAGUGCUUUGUGUUGUUUCGUCUUUCUUCUUGAUAAAACUUGGAAACUGGUAAGAGCUUAGCGAAUUCAACAUAUCCAUGUCUGCUACUUUACUUGUCGCUCCCAAUUCGAAUACCCUCUGUUGUCACCAUGCCAAUUCGUUUAUCAACCAAAAAACUCUUCUUUUUUCCAAAUCUUUCAAUUCUAAAUUUACCACCUUUUCCUCUCAAUCCAAUGAUAAUAAUAAUCCCAUCAAGAAAGUGGAGCAAUGCAAUCUUGAAUUUGAAAAUCAAGAUUAUGGGUCAUCAAGUUCAGGAAUUAAAGGCCCUACUGCUCCAUGGAUGAGGGGUCCUCUUCUUCUUGAACCUAAUCAAGUUUUGGACUUAUCCAAAUCAAGAAAAAAGAAAGAUACCAAUUUUGCGAAAACCCAAAACCCUAAUGAUGCACUUUCUGGUAAAGUUAGUGGAGGAAGAGGUAAAAAAGCAAUGAAGAUGAUUUAUCAAGGAAUUGAUAAACUCCAAGAAACGCAAAUUGGGGAAUGUACACAGGUGGAAACUGAUGUGAAGGUUGAAUUUCAGUUCCCACCAGGAUCUUUAUCUGGAUGGGGAGAUGUGAGUUAUGAAAUUGAGGAGAAAAACCCAUAUGGGGAGGAGGACAAUGUGGAAAGCCUCGAGGGAGUGGAAUUUGGUGUUUUAUCAAGAGAAGGGGAAGGAAGAGGGAGUAGAAAAAGUGGGGCGAGAAUGCCAUGGGAGAGUGAGGAGAGAAUUGUGUAUAGGAGAAUGAAGAAGGAGAAAGUUGUCAGGACUGCAGAGUCGAAUCUUGAUGCAAUGUUGCUUGAGAGAUUGAGGGGUGAGGCUGCAAGGAUUCAGAAGUGGGUGAAGGUUAAGAAAGCAGGAGUUACCCGAACUGUUGUUGAUCAAAUCCAAUUUAUUUGGAAGAAUAAUGAACUUGCAAUGCUCAAAUUUGACCUGCCUUUAUGCCGUAAUAUGGACAGAGCUCGAGACAUUGUCGAGAUGAAGACUGGAGGCUUUGUUGUUUGGAUGAAGCAAAAUGCUCUGGUUGUUUAUAGAGGAUGUAGCUAUACUUUACAACUAAAGGAGCUACAGCAUGAUUUUUUACGUAGUCACCAGAACCCUUCGUUUACUGAAAAUAUUGAAGAGACAAGUAUUUUCUCACCAUUGAACUUAAGUGGGAGCAGUGAAGAUGAAAUGAUAAGUGUUGGAAACUCAGAAGAGGAUAGCCUAGUAAUGAAUGAGUCACUUUACGAGAGGGAAGCUAAUAGAUUAUUGGAUGACUUAGGACCUCGUUAUGUUGAUUGGUGGUGGCCAAAGCCUUUGCCUGUGGAUGCGGAUUUACUUCCUGAAGUAGUUCCUGGAUUUAAGCCACCAUUUAGACUUUGCCCACCACGUUCAAGAUCAAAGCUGACAGAUGAUGAACUUACACAAUUAAGGAAACUUGCUCGUUCUUUGCCAACUCAUUUUGUCCUUGGGAGAAACAGAAAACUGCAAGGCUUGGCAGCAGCACUCGUAAAGUUGUGGGAGAAAUGUCAUAUAGCAAAGAUAGCUUUGAAGUGGGGAAUUCCAAAUGCUAGCAAUGAGCUAAUGGCAAAUGAGUUAAAGUAUCUUACAGGAGGAGUCCUUUUAUUGCGGAAUAAGUUCUUUAUAAUCCUAUACAGAGGCAAGGAUUUUCUUCCUUCUCAAGUUGCAAAACUUGUAGCUGAAAGGGAGGUGGAGCUCACAAGAUGUCAGCUUGAGGAAGAAGUUGCACGAUUCAAAGCAAUUGAAACUCUUCCAAUCACUAUGGAAGCAUCAAUGAGCAGUAGUAUUGUUGGGACUUUAUCAGAAUUCCAGACAAUUGCAGAACCUGGAAAGGAGAAAUCUGAGGUUGAAGUUCAAUUGAUGUCUGAAAAGGAAAGAUUAGAAAAAGAAGUGAGGAAUCAACAGGACAGCCUUUACAUUCUCAAGAAGAAGAUUGAAAAAUCAUCUAUAGCACUGGGAAAGCUAAAUGCUGCCUGGAGACCUGCCAAAGAGGAUGACGAUAAAGAAAUCUUAACACAGGAAGAAAGACGAUCUCUUAGGCAGAUAGGAUUAAAGAUGGACAGGAGUUUAGUUCUUGGGAGACGUGGUGUUUUUGAUGGUGUCUUAGCUGGUCUCCAUCAGCAUUGGAAGCACAGAGAAGUUAUUAAGGUGAUCACAAUGCAGAAAAUCUUUUCUCAGGUCAUUCAUACUGCAAAGCUCCUGGAGACAGAAAGUGGUGGAAUACUGAUUUCUGUUGACAAAAUUAAAGAAGGCCAUGCAAUAAUAAUUUAUCGGGGAAAGAACUACAGACGCCCAGAGUUGGUUCCUCAAAAUCUUCUAAACAAAAGACAAGCUUUAUGUCGGUCCCUGGAAAUGCAGAGACUUGGAUCAUUGAAGUUUUAUGCAAAUCAAACGGAGCAGGCAAUCUCUGAUCUUAAGUUGAAAUUGGUAGAAUAUACAGUAAAGAUUGGUCAAAUGGGGGAGAUCUAAAGCUUGUGGUGCAGUCAUAACUACUAUUGCUCUUGAUUUCUGUCUUGACAUGGUCUACUUAUAUCAGCGCGAAGAGAAUUCACCCAUUAGCUAGGUGAGUUUAAGGUCAUAAAUCAAGGGCUCUCAAAGCAAUAGUCCUUAUUUCCCCAUAAUACUCACUUAGCUAGCAUCUUGGGAUUUCACUUUUGGGAUAAUGUGCAACUUGGAGAAACAUUAACUUUGUGAUUCUCCUGAUGAGACCAGAACAGUUCAGGAUGGUGGUGGACUGCAGAUGCAAUGGAUUGUUAGAGUAACAUUGCUAACAUUACAUAAUAGACAUAUUUCAAAGGACUGAUACUUGUUGCAUGAUCUGGAAAUAUCUGUGGAAGCAUUAAGUAGGCCCACCUCUAUACUUGAAAGCAAUAAAACAGACAUUUGGAGGAGGGAGAAGAUGAACAUACUACAGGGAUUUGUUCCAUACAGCACGGAGUCGGUAAACGUUAAUUGCACUGCUGAUUUUUAAGGACACUGUUCCUCCUCUCUUGCAGCAACUUUGUGAUAUUGUGCCAAUUCCAGUUCUUUUUUAGCUUUACGGAGAAGUGGCAAACUCACACUGCAGUAAAAGAUGGUUCUGAGGCAGCAUGGUGUUUCCAGGAGGAUUCGUUGUUACCAUUGUGAUCAACGAUCCAGAGUGUAGUGCACCUAUGGCGUUAUCCUUCAUUUACCACAAGGCUACGACCAUAGGUGUUAGUGUAAUUAAUCAAAUCAAAGUGUGGUCAGGUUGUGCCUGCUCAUUUAUAGCAGGAGAUGAUACAUAUAUAAUUUGGAUGCUAGGGGUGGGUAUUUUACAUAGGCACAAGCAUUGUAUGACAACAGCUAGAUUACUUAAACGAGUUAGAAUGUUUGGUCACUUGUCAGGCCACCACAAAUGUGAAA